ACAUUCAUUAAACAGUGGAUAUUGCCCACAGUAUCUCAGUGGAUAUUGCCCACAGUAUCUCAGUGGAUAUUGCCCACAGUAUCUCAGUGGAUAUUGCCCACAGUAUCUCAGUGGAUAUUGCCCACAGUAUCUCAGUGGAUAUUACCCACAUUAUCUCAGUGGGUA